UUUUUAUUAAACGCGCUCUUAACUUUCUCACACAUUUUCUCGAGGUUCUUGAUUUUCUACCUAAAAACGACACCCUCUCUUUUAUGUUUCUUGGAAAACUGAAAUGAAGUGUCCGUUUCUCUCUUUCUCUCUCCAUGCGGGCGUUUUGGAAUGAAAAUUUGCAUCUUCUUGUUUGUUUGGUUGUAAUUCUUUCGUGAAAACAGAAAGAAAAUAAUAAAAACAAAAUCUUUUUUUUUUUUUUUUUGAGGUUUUGAUAUCUCUGCGUAGCAAUGUGAGGUGCGGAAUAUACAAAAGGUAAAUAAAAUAAAAUAAAAUAAAAUAACGCAUUCGAACUGUUUGAAAAUUUUCAUCAAAUUUUAGCUUAAAAAAAAAAAAAAAAAAACUUCUCUGUAGCUAAGAAAUCGAUGUAGAAUAUCAACAUGCCGAGCAUUAAAGUUCCUGCUGCGAAGAAAGCUACAACUCUCACGGUUGCUGUGAAAUGCAGGCCGUUGUUUGAAAGAGAACGUGGCCGAGACAUUGUCCGAGUGAUUGACAAUAAGGAGGUACUUGUAUUAGAUCCUGACUUAUCAAAGGACUACCUUGAACGCUUGCAAAAUCGAACCAAGGCCAAGACAUAUUGUUUUGAUCAUGCUUUUGGUCCUGAUCGUACGAAUUUGGAUGUUUAUAAGGAAAGCAUCUCUUCUGUAAUCACUGGGGUUGUUCAGGGUCUCAAUGCAACAGUUUUUGCAUAUGGUUCAACUGGAAGUGGUAAAACAUACACAAUGGUUGGGACCCAAAAUGAUCCUGGACUCAUGGUUCUUAGUUUGCAUACAAUUUUCAACCUAAUAAAAAAAGACAAAAGCUCUGAUGAGUUUGAAGUUGCUUGUUCCUAUCUUGAAGUCUAUAAUGAGGUUAUCUAUGAUUUACUUGAAAAGGCAUCAGGCCAUUUGGAACUCAGAGAGGAUCCGGAGCAAGGAAUAAUUGUGGCUGGUCUGAGAUGCAUCAAGGUUCACUCAGCUGAUAGGAUUCUUGAACUACUAAACUUGGGGAAUAGUCGGCGGAAAACUGAAAGCACAGAGGCUAAUGCAACAUCCUCUCGGUCACAUGCUGUUUUGGAGAUAACUGUUAAAAGGAAACAGAGGAACAAGUAUAGGAAUCAAGUCAUGCAAGGGAAACUUGCGCUUGUGGACCUUGCUGGCAGUGAACGAGCUUCAGAAGCAAAUAGUGGAGGCCAAAAGUUGAGAGAUGGAGCUAAUAUUAACCGGUCGCUUCUUGCUCUUGCAAACUGCAUAAAUGCUCUGGGAAAACAACAGAAGAAGGGUCUUGCUUAUGUUCCUUACCGGAACAGCAAAUUGACCCGUAUACUCAAAGAUGGUCUAAGCGGUAAUUCUCAAACAGUCAUGGUUGCUACUAUAUCCCCUUCAGACAGUCAAUAUCAUCAUACGGUAAAUACCUUGAAAUAUGCUGACCGAGCAAAGGAAAUAAAGACUCACAUCCAGAAAAACAUUGGCACAAUUGAUACCCAUGUGUCAGACUACCAAAGAAUGAUUGACAGUCUUCAGAUUGAGGUUUGCAGAUUGAAGAAAGAGCUGGCUGAAAAGGAAUCACAGUUAAGCAUCAAACCAGCUGAGAAAGCUGCAGAUGAUGAGUUAUCUUGGUUGAAUAUUUUGAGCAGUGAAACCAGUGAAAAUGUUCAGGAAAGGAUAAACUUACAGAAGGCACUAUUUGAACUUGAGGAAACAAACCUUCAUAACCGCACUGAACUCCAAGAUCUUGAUGAUGCUAUUGCAAAACAGCAGGCUAUUGAAAAAGAUGGAUCAGUUGUAGAGGCUUUGAGAGCAAGGCGGCAGGUCAUUUUAGAUAACAUCCGCAACAAUGAUGAAGCUGGUAUUAACUACCAGAAGGAAAUUGCAGCUAAUGAGAAGCAGCGUUGCCAACUCCAAGAUAUGAUUGAGGAGGCCAUAAGUAAUAAUGGAAAUAAAACCUACUUGCGUAUUCUUAGUCAAUACAGACUCUUGGGAAUGGCUAAUAUGGAGCUUCAGUUUGAAAUGGCAAUGAGGGAUCAAGUCAUUCAUAACCAACGGGAAACCGUAAGAAACUUGUGGGAAGUGCUUAUGGGGCUAGGACUUGAUGAAAGACAUAUACUGGACCUUGCAGCUAAGCAGGGAAUAACAAUAGAAGACUGGGCAAUAACACAACAGCUUGGGCAGUCGGCACAGAAGCAGUCAUCAGAGUUAGCUUUUAGCAGAAACGACCAAUUUGAAUACUUUCCUGACAUGGGACAAUUAUAUUCUAGAUCAUCUUGCAUUUUCCAGCAUUGCCAAGAUAUGGGAUCAGGAUCAUUGUCUAAGGGGUACUGGGAUUCAGCUCGUACUUUUUGCAGAGAGGAGCAUCAUAGCUCCUACUUCUUGGUGUCUCAUUAUCACUCCCCAUCAGCAUAUAUCAGGAUGAGAAGGAGUAGUGGAUACCGGGUUGAUGGCAGGCCCCAUUUGUGGUUUGGUUCUCCUGAUAAAUCUCCUCAAGAUUUGCGUAGCUCCUGUCCAGAGAUGAGACCUUGGUCUUCACCUUAUAGUAAAAGCUGCAUAUCUGCGUCAACUCCAAGUGCUGAUUUUGACCAGAUGGACAUGGAUGGAUGGAAUAACACCAUGGGUCAACCUCCGUUCAAGGAUCCUCAUAUUGGAAUGAGCAGCAGCCAACAUAGAAGAACGAGACACGAUGAGCAAAAACCAUUUUCGUUUGGGUGCAGUCCAUUAAAGCAAGGUCCAAGCAUGCUUAAUUCAAGUUAUAUUUUCCAAAAUACUGAAUCCUCCCCAGAUUUGUCCCACGUUCCUCCAUCAAAUUAUGGUCACACCCCUAAUUUUGUAUAGUCUGUAUAGUCUUCUGUUUCCUUGCAUUUUCUUUCUCAUAUCUCUUCAUUGAAUGUACAUUCCUCAAAUAGUUUUGUAGUUGUAGUAUAUGUUCUCGGGAAUUUCAAUUGUUUUAGGUUUUUUGCAAAGAGAGAGAAAGAAAGGGAUUUUGGAUGGGAGGAAAUAGAAUGGCCAGGGUUAUUGAUACAGUUUUUGGCACAUCCACACAAGGAACUUGGUUCUUUAUGCUGUAUAUAUAAUGGUUUGAAAUUUGAAUGUAUAAAAUUCACUCUUUCAAUACCAAAUUUGACAGCCAUGGAAUAUGUGCAACUU